CCAAACAGUACCAUAUUCAAAACCCCUAUCUAUGCGCCUCUGCUUCUGUACACUGGUAUAUCAUCAAGCACAUAGCUAUCUGAGGCUGAGAGAACCAGAGAAAAGAGAGAUGGAAGGAGAGAACUCAUCAAACGAUGUAUACAGAGAGUGCCUCAGAAACCAUGCAGCCAGCCUCGGCAGCUAUGCCACCGACGGGUGUGGAGAGUUUACACUCGACGACACCUCGUCCCCAGGCGGACUACAAUGCGCCGCCUGCGGCUGCCACCGUAACUUCCACCGCCGAGUCACCUACGCACCCGGCGUAGGCAGAUCAUCCGGCGGCGGCACUGCUCAUCAUCGCGUCAUCAGCUGCAGCAGCCGAGGAGAUCUUCACCACGAGAUGAUGACGUCACAGGAACUGAUUGACUACAAUGUCGGAGGUGGAGGGGGAGCAGCGGCGCGGCAGAUGAUGGUGGUAGAGUCACCGGACAGCGGGGACAGGAGCGGCAGCGGGAGGAAGCGGUUCAGGUCCAAGUUCACGGUGGAGCAGAAGGAGAAGAUGCUGGCGUUUGCGGAGAAGCUGGGGUGGAAGCUGCAGAGGAAAGAUCUAGAAGAUGAGAUUGAGAGGUUCUGCAGAAGUAUUGGGGUCAGCAGACAGGUUUUCAAAGUGUGGAUGCAUAACCACAAGAACCUCUCCUCUUCUUCUUCUGCAUCUACAACUGCCAAUGCCUCCUCUCUCACAACCCAGUAACCAAGUCGAUUAACUAGCUAGCUAGCAUCUCUCUGUUUCUAUCUAGGGUAAGUAGAAUAAUUAAUCAGCGUCGAUUUUCCCUCUAUGUUCUCUCUCUUUCCCCGAUCCUCUAUCUCAGCAUUUGAUUGAGCUCUUAGGUCUGAACUUCAUGGUAAUUAAUUUGAUUGUAAUCUACUGGAUAAAAUGCCAUUUUCUUCACUUUCCCAGAACUUAAUUUUACUUGCAUAUUCCUAGCU